AAUUGGUGAGGACCACACAACUUGUCAUCUGUCGAUACAACAAGGCGUCGAGCUGACUCAGAUUAAUGAGUUAAUGGGACCCACAAUCACCUCUCUUUUUAAGGCCCAAUUAUCAACGUCCUUGUCUCACGGGCCCAUGACAGCUGCCCUUGUACCCCGUUUGCCCUACCUUUUUUUUCUCUUUCAAUAACUCACUGCAGUUGACACGUGCGGUGAUCUUCGCUCGUGCGCCAGCUAAGAUCCGAGUUCCUGCUACGUGGCAGUUAGGUAAAGGUCUUAAGGUUUGUUAAGAUUUGAUCACUAAAGAUUCGUCGGGUGUGACACGUGGAUUGAUUAAUGAUCUCGGCCGUUGCUUAAUUCGAAUGGUCUAUCUCUAGGCUCUAGCCAAUAGCUACUUUCCUUUUGGGCGGUUGUAAAAGGUAGGACGAGUACGACUUACACACACAACGAAAGAAAUCCGGGUUAAACCGGUUAAACCGAUAUUAAUCGAUUUUGUAAAGCUCCACGCCUUGUCAUAUAUUCAACCAAUUAUGUAAUGCCAUUUGUACAACUCCACGUAAACCCCCGUAUUGACAUUACCAAAUGGGCCGGUUCGUGGCUCAAAGUAGGCCCAUUAUAAUGGGUUUUGUAAUCAACGGUCGCUAAUGUUUUCAGUCUAUCGGUGCCGAGAUGGAUCACCGGGAAAACAUUGACCGGCGACUUCUGCUAUGGUUCUUCGCCGUAGCGACCGCCGUGAAACUUCUUCUCAUCCCAUCCUACAGGAGCACCGAUUUCGAGGUCCACCGUAACUGGCUCGCUAUCACAAACUCUCUUCCUCUUACGAAAUGGUACUUCGACGAGACUAGCCAAUGGACACUCGAUUAUCCUCCAUUCUUCGCCUACUUCGAACGCUUCCUCUCAAUUUUCGCGCGUCUUAUCGAUCCCAGAAUUGUAGAUCUUCAAUCAGGACUCGACUACAGCUCCGAAUCUGUAAUUUACUUCCAACGGAUCAGCGUAAUCGUCUCGGAUCUAUGUCUUCUCUGCGGUGUCUACAGAUUGACUCGAAAAUUGGAACCGAUGAAGCGAAAUCUGAUCUGCGCAAUGGUGAUUUGGUCUCCGGGGCUAUUGAUCGUAGAUCACAUUCAUUUCCAGUACAAUGGAUUUCUACUGGGUUGGUUAUUGCUUUCGAUUUCGUUUCUUCAAGAAGGGAGAGAUCUGCUGGGUGGGUUUUUAUUCGCCGUUCUUCUAUGCUUUAAGCAUUUGUUCGCCGUCGCUGCUCCGGUUUACUUUGUUUAUCUCCUUAGGCAUUAUUGCUGGUCCGGUUUAGUUACUGGUUUCCGACGGCUUGUAACUAUUGGUGCGGUGGUUGUGGCGGUUUUUGCUGCUGCUUAUGGACCUUUUAUCUAUCAUGGACAGAUACAACAAGUCAUCAGUCGAAUGUUUCCUUUCGGGAGAGGAUUGUGCCAUGCAUACUGGGCACCUAAUUUUUGGGUUUUCUAUAUAAUACUCGACAAAGGGCUUGCCUUUUUGCUGCGAAAGCUCGGAUUUGAAAUUCAGAUUCCUUCCGCAUCUUUCACUGGAGGAUUAGUUGGAGAUUCUUCGCCUUUUGCAGUUCUUCCUCAGAUCACGCCAUUGACAACAUUUGCAAUGGUAUUACUUGCUAUAUCUCCAUGUCUCAUCAAAGCCUGGAAAAAAACGCACCCUGGGCAUGUCGCUAGAUGGAUAGCUUAUGCAUAUACAUGCGGUUUUCUGUUUGGAUGGCACGUCCAUGAGAAAGCAUCGCUUCAUUUCACCAUCCCACUUUCAAUCGUUGCAGUGCAGAGUCUAGAAGAUGCUAAACAUUACUUUCUGGUUUCUAUAGUUUCUUGCUAUUCGCUCUUUCCGCUCUUAUAUGAGCCGCAGGAAUACUCGAUCAAGGUUCUGUUGCUGUUACUGCAUUCCAUGAUAAUGUGGCUUGGCUUUGUGGCUCAGUACACAAACAAUAAUAAGGUUCAGAAGGAGAAUAGAGUAAGCAAGAGCAAGCUUAGGAUUGGAUGUUUUGAGAAGAGCUAUCUAAUGGGUUUAGUUAUAGUAGAGAUAGUGUCUCAGUUCUUGCAUCCAUAUUAUCUAGGUGAUAAAUUUCCAUUUUUGCCGUUAAUGUUGAUCUCAACAUAUUGUACCGUUGGUAUUAUGUACUCUUGGAUUUGGCAGAUCCGGAAGAUCCUGACAUGACAUAUAGAUUCAUGUAUUAGUUAACUUGAGGCAUAUGAUUUUAAUACGACGUUAAGCAUAUACAUGAGAUUUUUUUA